AUGAACUUGUUGCCCCAGAGAACUUGUUCACAUUUGGAAAGCCUUAUGUCUAAGUAUUGGUGGAGUUCGAGUAGAAGGAAGGGUGUGAGCUGGUUUAGUUGGAGGAAACUAUGCAAACAUAAGAACUCUGGUGGGAUGGAUUUUCGGAGUCUGCGUGAUUACAAUCUAUCUCUGUUGGGUAAGCAAGGUUGGCGGUUGCUUCUGUUACAGGAUUCCCUUGUGGGUCGAAUAUAUAAGGCUCGAUAUUUUCCUAACUGUUCAUUCUUGGAGGCCGGGUUGGGUGGCAAUCCGAGCUUUAUAUGGCGCAGUGUCCUUGAGUCACAAGCGCUGCUCAUGGACGGCGCCCGUAGGAGAAUAGGAACCGAUUCAUCUACUGCGGUGCUUAAAACACAUUGGCUUUUGUCUGAGACCAAUCCGUGUGUGGUAUCUACUCAUCCGGCACUGGCCAAUUGUAAAGUGUCCCAACUCAUGAAGCCAGAUAGUAGACAAUGA